AUGCUGACCACCAACCAGGGCUGGCCCGAGGUCUUCGGCUUCCGGCUGGGCGGCUCUGGCCCCUGCUUUGUCCUGGAGGUGGCCGAGGGGAGCAGCGCUCACGCCGGGGGACUGCGUCCAGGGGACCAGAUCCUGGAGGUGGAAGGGCUGGCCGUCGGUGGCCUGAGCCGGGAGCGCCUCGUGCGCUUGGCACGGAGCUGUCCUCGCGUGCCACCCAGCCUGGGGGUGCUCCCGGGCCCCGAGGGUGGCUCCACAGCCCCGUGUGCAGCCUUGCUAGGCCGCCGAUCCCACCGUGUCCACGCUCUGGGCCGCGAGUGGCCGCGCCCAGCUGCUCGUCUCCGAGAGCGCAGGCGCAAGGCCCAGGAGUUCAGCAGCAAGGUGGAUGAAAUCUUGGGGGACCAGCCAACUGCCAAAGAACAGGUGUAUGCUGCCCUUAAGCAGUUUGCGGCUGAGCAGCGGGUGGAUGAGCUGGUGUGGGCUGUUACCCUGGCACUGCCCAGCGCUGCCCAGGGGCCACUCCUGGACAAUCUCAGGAUCUUCAUCCCCAAGAAGCACCGGGCGCGCUUCGACGAGGUGGUGUCGCAGGGUCUGCUGGGCAAGCUGUGCCGCGCGCGGCGAGCGCAGGGCGCGCAGCGGCUGCGCCGGAGCCGCAGCGAGGAGCGGCCCGAGCGCCUCCUGGUGUCCACGCGCGCCAGCGCCCCGCCGCGCCGCCCGGACGAGCCGCCCCCGCGCAAGGCUGCCUCGCUGGUGGGAGGCCGGGCGGGCCCCGGGGGCGUGCGCAGGACCGUCCGAGUCUACAAGGGCAACAAGAGCUUCGGCUUCACUCUGCGGGGCCACGGGCCGGUGUGGAUCGAGUCUGUCCUGCCUGGCAGUCCAGCUGACAAUGCUGCUCUCAAGUCAGGCGAUCGAAUCCUCUUCCUCAAUGGACUGGACAUGAGGAACUGCUCCCACGACAAGGUGGUAUCCAUGCUGCAAGGCAGUGGUGCAAUGCCCACGUUGGUAGUGGAGGAAGGGCCGGUCCCAUUUGCCAGCGAUUCCGAUUCUCUGGAUUCCCCCAACCGGUCGUCGGCACUCACCUCCCUGCAAUGGGUAGCAGAGAUCCUGCCUUCCAGCAUCCGGGUCCAGGGGAGGACUUUCAGCCAGCAGCUGGAGCGCCUGCUCACGCCGCAGGAGCGCUACGGAGUCUGCCGGGCCCUUGAGAGCUUCUUCCAGCACAGGAGCAUUGACACCCUCAUUGUGGACGUCUACCCUGUGCUGGACACGCCCGCCAGGCAGGUGCUGUGGCAGUUCAUCUACCAGCUGCUGACCUACGAGGAGCAGGAGCUCUGUCAGGAAAAAAUCGCGUGCUUCCUGGGCUACACUGCCAUGACAGAACCUGAGUCCUCACUGGACCUGGAGCCGGAGCCGGAGCCCACACCUGAGCCCACGCCUGAGCCGCAGCCGCGGAGUUCCCUGAGGGCCUCCUCCAUGUGCCGCCGCAGCCUUCGCUCCCAGGGCCUGGAGUCCAGCCUCAGCUGUGGUCCCAGCGACUGCCCAGAGAUGCCUCUUCCUCUGAUCCCAGGUGAACGCCAGGCUGGUGAUGGCACGUCCCUCCCUGAGACCCCCAACCCCAAGAUGAUGUCGGCUGUCUAUGCAGAACUUGAGUCUCGUCUGAACAGCAGCUUCAAAGGAAAGAUGGGGUCCAUGUCCAAAUCCCGGACCUCCCCGCCUGGCCCCAGUCUGGUAGGCACAGCAGGGCCCAGGACCCUAUCCGGCGUCUCAUGGCCCAGUGAUCGGCUCCUGCCAUCCCCCUGCUACGACCCACUGUGUUCUGGGGGUCUGGCUUCCCCCAGCAGCUCCGAGUCCCACCCCUAUGCCAGCUUGGAUAGCAGCAGGGAGCCAUCCCCGCAGCCAGGCUCCGGACCCAUCCGCGCUGACAGUCCCCCAAGCCCAGAGCCUGCCCGGCCACCCAGCCGCAGGAAACUCUUCACCUUCUCACGCCCCGUGCGGAGCCGGGACACAGAUCGCUUCCUGGAUGUGCUGAGCGAGCAGCUGGGACCCCGGGUCACCAUCGUGGACGACUUCUUGACGCCAGAGAAUGACUACGAGGAGAUGAGCUUCCACGAUGACCAAGGCAGCUUCGUGACCAACGAGCGGAGCAGUGCAAGCGACUGUAUCAGCAGUAGCGAAGAGGGCAGUUCCCUGACCUACUCGUCCAUCUCCGACCACAUCCCCCCUCCCCCGCUCAGCCCCCCACCGCCACCGCCCCUGCCUUUCCACGACCCCAAGCCCAGCUCCCGCGCCUCUGAUGGUCCCCGUGGCCCCCCUCAGACACUAGCGAAACCCCUCACCCAACUCAGCCACCCAGUGCCACCACCGCCUCCACCACCCCUGCCCCCACCAGUGCCUUGCGCACCCCCCGUGCUGUCCCGUGGCCUGGGCCAUCGCCGCAGUGAGACCAGCCACAUGAGUGUGAAGCGCUUGCGGUGGGAGCAGGUGGAGAACUCAGAAGGGACCAUCUGGGGCCAGCUUGGGGAGGACUCUGACUAUGAUAAACUGAGUGACAUGGUGAAAUACCUCGACCUGGAGCUCCACUUCGGUACCCAGAAACCUGCAAAGCCGAUGCCUGGGCCUGAACCUUUCAGGAAGAAGGAAGUGGUGGAAAUCUUGUCCCACAAGAAAGCCUACAACACCUCCAUCCUCCUGGCGCACCUGAAGCUGAGCCCCGGCGAGCUGCGGCAGGCGCUCAUGAGCAUGGAGCCCCGGCGCCUGGAACCCGCUCAUCUGGCGCAGCUGCUGCUCUUCGCUCCCGACGCCGACGAGGAGCAGCGCUACCAGGCCUUCCGGGAGGCGCCCGGCCGCCUCAGCGAGCCGGACCAGUUCGUCCUGCAGAUGCUUUCAGUUCCUGAAUACAAGACCCGCCUGCGCAGCCUCCAUUUCCAGGCCACCCUACAGGAAAAGACCGAGGAGAUCCGAGGUAGCCUCGAGUGCCUGCGACAAGCAUCACUGGAGCUCAAAAACAGCCGGAAACUCGCCAAGAUCUUGGAGUUUGUGUUGGCCAUGGGCAACUAUCUCAACGAUGGACAGCCCAAGACCAACAAGACCACGGGCUUCAAGAUCAACUUUCUGACAGAGCUGAACUCCACCAAGACGGUGGAUGGGAAGUCCACCUUUCUGCACAUCCUUGCCAAAUCGCUGAGCCAGCACUUCCCCGAGCUCCUAGGCUUUGCUCAGGACCUGCCCACUGUGCCCCUGGCUGCCAAAGUGAAUCAACGAGCCCUGACCGGCGACCUGGCUGACCUCCACGGCACCGUCAGUGAGAUACAGGUGGCCUGUCAAAACAUGUCCCCCUCCAGUGAGGACAGGUUUGCCCUGGUCAUGGCAUCCUUUCUGGAAACAGCCCAACCCGUGCUGCGGGCGCUGGACGGGCUGCAGCGAGAGGCCAUGGAGGAACUGGACAAGGCGUUGGCCUUCUUUGGAGAGGAUUCCAAAGCCACCACCUCGGAGGCUUUCUUCGGCAUCUUUGCGGAAUUCAUAAACAAGUUCGAGAGAGCGCUCAGCGACCUGCAGGCCGGGGAGGGCCCACGCAGCUCCGGGAUGGUUUCACCCCUGGCCUGGUGACAGCAGUCGGAGAGAGGUGAUUGAUGCUGGAGGUGACAGGCAUGGACCACGCCGCCUGGCUGCAGGAAGGAAAGGCCUGGGCGCUGGCCCUCGCUGCAGCCCAUGUCUCCAGCUACCUCAGCGGCCCAGCCCUCCUCCUCCUCCUCCUCCUCGGGUCCUCCAGCCAUGCUGGGACUCCCCGGGAGUCCAGAGCCUUGGUGGUGAGCCCUGCCUAGCUGCGCCCACUGCUUCCCAGGCGUCCUGCGCAGCCAGCCUGGUGAAUAAAGUACUGCUGUGUCCAUGGGA